CCGGGCGGGGCUGCCCCGUCAGUCAGCCGCUGCUUGGGAACGUGAGCCCCGAGGGCUGCGUUUGUGGCUCGUUUUCUUUCCCCAGCUGCUCCGGGUCCUCCUCCGGGAGCCGGAAACACAUUGUCAACGCAGCUGAGGUCUGCGUUUUUCCAGCAGGGCUGGAUGGAGGGCUUGCAUGACGUCGCGAUCACGUUCAGUAAAUCUGUAUGGAACAGACCGAUAAGGGAAGUUCAGACGCGGGGGGAUGAGGAGGAACCCGGAGAGCUGUGUAAAGCGACGCGGAACUAAAAAAGAAAAAAAAAAUUGUGGUUGUACUGGGGUUGCAUUGAGACGUUUACAGAAGUUCCUACAAUAUUUCAAAGUUGAAGUCACCCCCUCCGUUCUUUAUCCCGCUCUUCCACGUGGGACUUGUCGUUUCUGCUGCUGCCCGGGGAAGUGGCUCUCCGGGUGGGGAAGGGACGCGGUGAUCUCCUUAGGUGGUUCUGAUGCUGGAGGCUGUGGAGCCAAUGAUGGGGGAAAGCUAGUUGAGCACCAGAGGAGCGUCGUUUCAGCUUUACCCGGAGCUCUGGGUGUCUUCAAGUUGGUGAGCCAGUCCACCCAUAAGAACAGAAGGGAUGAAGAAACCCCUGCAGGAUGAGAUCGAAGCCAUUCUGCGGAAGAGGAUUAUGGUGCUGGAUGGAGGCAUGGGGACCAUGAUUCAGCGGUAUAAGCUGAGUGAGGAAAGCUUCCAAGGUCAUGAAUUCAAAGAUCACUCCAGGCCACUGAAAGGCAACAAUGACAUUUUAAGUAUAACUCAACCCGAUAUCAUUUACCAAAUCCAUAAGGAUUACUUGCUGGCUGGAGCGGAUAUCAUUGAAACAAAUACUUUUAGCAGCACUAGUAUCGCCCAAGCUGACUAUGGCCUUGAACACUUGGCCUACCGGAUGAACAAGUGCUCUGCAGGUGUGGCCAGAAAAGCUGCAGAGGAGAUAACUCUCCAGACAGGAGUCAAGAGGUUUGUGGCAGGAGCUCUGGGUCCAACUAAUAAGACACUCUCUGUGUCCCCAUCUGUGGAAAGACCAGAUUAUAGGAACAUCACAUUUGAUGAACUCGUUGAAGCAUACCAAGAGCAGGCCAAAGGGCUCCUGGACGGUGGGGUUGAUAUCUUACUCAUUGAGACUGUUUUUGAUACUGCCAAUGCCAAGGCAGCCUUGUUUGCACUCCAGAAACUUUUUGAAGAGAAUUAUACUCCCCGGCCUAUUUUUAUUUCAGGGACAAUUGUUGAUAAGAGUGGGCGGACUCUUUCUGGACAGACUGGAGAGGCCUUUGUCAUCAGUGUGUCCCAUGCAGACCCACUCUGCAUUGGAUUAAAUUGUGCUCUGGGUGCAGCUGAAAUGAGACCUUUCAUUGAAACAAUUGGGAAGUGUACCACAGCUUACAUCCUCUGUUACCCCAAUGCAGGUCUUCCCAACACUUUUGGUGACUACGAUGAAACACCUUCCAUCAUGGCCAGACACUUAAAGGACUUUGCUGUGGAUGGCUUGGUCAACAUAGUGGGUGGGUGCUGUGGCUCGACACCACAUCAUAUCAGGGAGAUUGCUGAAGCUGUAAAAAAUUGUAAGCCUAGAGUCCCACCUACUACUGUUUUUGAAGGACAUAUGUUACUGUCUGGUCUACAGGCCUUCCAGAUUGGACCGUACACCAACUUCGUUAACAUUGGAGAGCGCUGUAAUGUGGCAGGAUCCAGGAGGUUUGCCAAACUCAUCAUGGCAGGAAACUAUGAGGAAGCCCUGAGCGUUGCCAAAGUGCAGGUGGAAAUGGGAGCCCAGGUGCUGGAUAUCAACAUGGAUGAUGGCAUGCUGGACGGUCCAAGUGCAAUGACCAGAUUUUGCAACUUUAUUGCUUCUGAGCCUGACAUUGCUAAGGUACCCUUGUGUAUCGACUCUUCCAAUUUUGCUGUGAUUGAAGCUGGAUUGAAGUGCUGCCAAGGGAAGUGCAUCGUCAACAGCAUCAGUCUAAAGGAAGGGGAGGAUGACUUCCUGGAGAAGGCCAGGAAGAUUAAGAAGUUUGGAGCUGCUGUUGUGAUCAUGGCUUUUGAUGAAGAAGGACAGGCAACAGAAACAGACAACAAAAUCAGUAUCUGCACCCGAGCUUACCAUCUCCUUGUGAAAAAAUUGGGCUUCAAUCCAAAUGACAUCAUCUUUGACCCCAACAUCCUCACCAUCGGUACUGGGAUGGAAGAACACAACUUGUACGCUGUCAAUUUUAUCCAUGCAACCAGAGUCAUUAAAGAAACAUUACCAGGAGUCAGAAUCAGUGGAGGUCUUUCCAACUUGUCCUUCUCCUUCCGAGGAAUGGAAGCCAUUCGAGAAGCAAUGCAUGGGGUUUUCCUUUACCAUGCAAUCAAGUGUGGCAUGGACAUGGGGAUAGUGAAUGCAGGCAACCUCCCUGUGUACGAUGACAUCCAUAAGGACCUUCUACAGCUCUGUGAAGACCUCAUCUGGAAUAAAGACCCUGAGGCCACCGAGAAGCUCUUACGCUAUGCCCAGACUCAUGGCAAAGGAGGGAAGAAAGUCGUCCAGACUGAUGAGUGGAGGAACUGCCCCGUCGAGGAGCGCCUUGAGUAUGCCCUUGUGAAGGGCAUUGAAAAGUAUAUUCUUGAUGAUACUGAGGAAGCCAGGUUAAACCAGGAAAAGUAUCCCCGACCUCUGAAUAUAAUCGAAGGACCCCUGAUGAAUGGCAUGAAAACUGUUGGUGAUCUUUUUGGAGCUGGAAAAAUGUUUCUACCUCAGGUUAUAAAGUCAGCUCGGGUCAUGAAGAAGGCUGUUGGCCACCUGAUCCCCUUCAUGGAAAAAGAAAGAGAAGAAACCAGGGUGCUUAAUGGCACAGUAGAAGAAGAGGACCCCUACCAAGGCACAAUCGUGUUGGCCACCGUCAAAGGCGACGUGCAUGACAUAGGCAAAAACAUAGUUGGAGUGGUGCUAGGCUGCAAUAAUUUCAGAGUUAUUGACUUAGGUGUCAUGACUCCCUGUGACAAGAUACUGAAGGCUGCUCUUGACCACAAAGCAGAUAUAAUUGGCCUGUCAGGACUCAUCACUCCUUCCCUGGAUGAGAUGAUCUUUGUUGCCAAGGAAAUGGAGAGAUUAGCUAUAAAGAUCCCACUGCUGAUUGGAGGAGCCACCACCUCCAGAACCCACACAGCAGUUAAAAUAGCUCCACGAUACAGUGCACCUGUAAUCCACGUCCUGGAUGCAUCUAAGAGUGUGGUGGUGUGUUCUCAGCUAUUAGAUGAAAAUCUGAAGGAUGAAUACUUUGAAGAAAUCAUGGAAGAGUAUGAAGAUAUUAGACAGGACCAUUAUGACUCUCUCAAGGAGAGGAAAUACUUAACCCUAAGUCAAGCCAGAAAAAAUGGUUUCCACAUUGACUGGCUGGCUGAACCUCACCCAGUGAAGCCCUCCUUUAUUGGUACCCGGGUCUUUGAAGACUAUGACCUGCAGAAGCUGGUGGACUACAUUGACUGGAAGCCUUUCUUUGAUGUCUGGCAGCUCCGGGGCAAGUACCCGCAUCGAGGCUUCCCCAAGAUAUUUCAUGACAAGACAGUAGGCGAAGAGGCCAAAAAGGUGUAUAAUGAUGCCCAGAAUAUGCUGGAUGUGUUGAUUAGUGAAAAGAAACUCAAAGCCAGGGGCGUGGUUGGAUUCUGGCCAGCUCAGAGCGUCCAAGAUGACAUCCACCUGUAUGCAGAGGAUGUGGUGCCCCAGGCUGCAGAGCCCAUAGCCACCUUCUAUGGUCUGAGACAGCAGGCCGAGAAGGACUCUGCCAGCACAGACCCGUACCAUUGCCUCUCAGACUUCGUCGCCCCCCUGCACUCUGGCGUCCGUGACUACCUGGGCCUGUUUGCUGUUGCCUGCUUUGGGGUGGAAGAGCUGAGCAAAGCCUAUGAGGAUGACGGCGAUGACUACAGUAGCAUCAUGGUCAAGGCUCUGGGGGACCGGCUGGCAGAGGCCUUCGCAGAGGAGCUGCACGAGAGGGUCCGCAGGGAACUGUGGGCUUACUGCAGCAGUGAGCAACUGGACAUCACAGACCUACGUAAGCUCCGGUAUGGUGGCAUCCGGCCAGCUCCCGGCUACCCCAGCCAGCCUGACCACACCGAGAAGCUUACCAUGUGGAGACUGGCCAGUGUCGAGCAGGUCACAGGCAUUAAGCUGACGGAGUCCUUGGCAAUGGCUCCUGCCUCUGCAGUAUCAGGCUUCUACUUCUCCAACUUGAAGUCCAAAUAUUUUGCUGUGGGGAAAAUUUCCAAGGAUCAGGUUGAGGAUUAUGCUUUGAGGAAGAACAUGCCUGUGGCCGAGGUGGAGAGGUGGCUUGGCCCCAUAUUGGGAUACGAUACAGACUAACUUCUAUUUUUUAAACCUUCUUUAUACUCGUUGACCUGCAGGAGGUACAAUCCAGAGUGCCUUAGAAAUAACAACAAAAAGCCCGAGUGCUUCUGGUCUCAGAAGAUUGUCUGGUGGCACUGUGUAGAGGCGGAUCUUCCUGUGCUUUCUGGGAGAGAAGCACUAUUUUUCAGUGCUUGAACUCUGAGGCUCAUAUUGUCUCUGGUCUCUCCCUGGUUCCUCAGGGACUGUGACACUGUGGAGAUAGAGGUCUUUUGCAUUUCAAAGCAAGCCAACUAGCUUCUUUUCCAUCGUUGCCUUAGAUCUAGGAGGGCACAUGCUCCUGUUUUUUUCUUUGUUUGUUUGUUUGUUUUUUCCCUUCUAGAAAAAUCACCUGAAAGUGGAAUAGAGAAAUGUGGCCCUGUGGCAAGGUGCCACUGUGAGAAAUGGGGCAUUUUAAUCUAAGUGCUUCCACCAGUACACUCUGACAAGGAGGAAAGUAUUUCUGUGCUAGCUCCAGCAGACCUCGUGUUCUGAAGCUCAAUUAAAUGGUUGCAGAAAUUCUUUUGGAAAGGCAUGCUCUUACACUUGCUUGUCAGAAAUACUCAAGCUUUAUGUCCUGGUGUGGCCAAGUACAGUCCAUCAUGCUUUCUGAGAUUGUGUGUGUGUGUGUGUGUGUCCUGUAUUCAUAGUCCCUUCCCUAAGGUGGGGGGAAAGGAGAAGUGGGAAAAAGUGACUAUUAGUUAGCAUCUUCCAGCUAUUUUCAGAAUUGAGCAAGUUCUCAGCUGACCUGUGGUACUGUGGUAUCCCGUGCAGGACCUGUGGAUUGCAUUGUGUCUCUCAGUUCUUUUUCUGCACCAUCCUGACUCCAGACUCACUACGGUUUGGAAAUAGCACAUUGACUCAUUCCGGGUUAUCUCAGGGGAAUGGUUAAGAGCAUGCUGGAAGUGAGGCAUGCAUGGACUCAAAUUUUAGCUCUGCCACCUAAUUGCUGUGUGACAUAAGUAAAGUAAAGAACUCAGCCUUUUCAGCAUUGUUUUCUCAUCUGUGAAAUGAGAGAGCUAAUACUGGUUUCUUUCUCAUUGAUCUGAGUGUGGAUUAAAUGAGCUGAUGUGUGUAAGACAGUUGACAUGGUGUCUGGCACGUAGUAGGUGCUUACUGAGAAAGUAGCUCCUGUAGAGCUCUAUACGCAGCCCCUCAGCUCAACACAUAGCAAGUGCUCACAGAAAGAAUAAAAGGUUAUUGGAGGGGAAAAAAUAGUGGGAAUGAUUGAUUGACUAUCGUAGGUCCCCUUGUGAGAUUACAACCCCAUCUAACAUUGCCUGGGAAGAAGAAGCUGCCUCUUGUGAUAUAUGCAUCACUUGGACUUGUUUUCUUUGAGACAAACCCUCCCCUACUCUUGUGAGGUUAGACAGCCUUAUCCCCAAAGCAGUCAAACCACAUUUCAUUCAGGUACAGUGGAGGUGCAUCACUGCAAAUGACAGUUCUGUGUAUCAGUCAUGUGCUCAUGUCUCCUUGCAGAGCAUCAAACAUUUACAGCCCUUCAAAUGCAGAGGAUUGCGAACUGGGGUUUGAACUCGGCUUUGUGCUUAGAAGGCAGGCACUCUACCAGGUGAGCCAUACUUCCAGUUACAUGGUUUUUAAAGGUACAUUUAACUUGUGCUAGGUUGAGCAUAGGGUGCCUGUAUUCUGAGCCACUUGGUUUUAGGACUCACUUCCUGUUAUUUCACAACAUGUAUAUUAUUUAGGCUUUGGAACAUUCUUCUGUGAGAAAGAAUGGCCUCCAAAUAUUUUAAUGUAUUUUACCCGAGCAGUUACUAAGUCUCUGGAUUCCAGUGCUUACUAUAUCUUCUCUCAGCUGGUUGUGAGACAGAAUGGCCUGCUUGUCCAAUCCCAUGACAGAGGCUUUCAUUCCCUAAAGACCAAAGUAUGUUUGCAAAUUCAAGUGCCUAAAGGUCUUAAGAAAUAUAAAAAUAACUUGAAAACAUCCUCCUUAAUUUGUUCUGGGCGUGCCAGAGAAGCAGGACUCCAAACAGGCAGAUAACAUAGUGACCUGGGUCUUGCCAUGCUGUUGACUGUACCCAGAAACUCUCCUCACCACCAGCGCUGGGGACUCUGACAUUAACUGACUCACACAUGGCGUUUCCACAUCCACUAGGGCUCUGCAUUUCAUUUCCCUCUAAUGAGUUGUCCCCAUCUGGUGCUUAUGUCUGCUGUCUACGGUGAAGCUGGUUUUUGUGGGAUGGUGGAUGUGAUCAGGUCUUGUGAUGCCUUGUUUCUCCUUUGACUUAUUCUGUUCAGCAUUCUCCACCCACACUGAACUCACGUAUAGGAUAAGCUGCCUAGGCAGAUUUCUCCUAGGAUGCCCUCCACAGAUAGCUGGGUGUUUAAUAUGUACCAGCUAUUUUCUCCUCCCAUUCUCUCCUUAAUUCAGCGAAGAGAGAGAGAGAGAGAGUGUGUGUGUGAGAGAGUGUGUGUGUGUGUGUGUGUGUAUCUCCCAUCUCUUACCACUAAUGAGCUCUUCAUUGCUAGACCUAAUAAUGUUCCUUCCAAUGGAUUUUCAUUUCUUUGGUUUUGGAUAGUAUUGAGUACUUCUUCUAAACUCUCCUUACCCUGGUUCCCCCUUGACAUCACUCUUCUCAUUAACCAUCUACAUUUAUGAUAAUUUCUCAGCCAUUUUCUGAAUUUUCUUCUUUUCUGCCCACAUAAAUCCUCAUAUCCUGAAGGAUCUAUCAUUAGUUGCCUUUUUAUUUUAUUUUGGUGGUACUGGGGUUUGAACUGAGGGCCUCAUUCUUGCUAUGCAGGCAUGCUACCACAUGAGCCACUCUGC